UAGCUGAGUUAGCUUCUGGUGUGUGUCAGAGUUUUCAGGAGUUUUCUGGUUCUGUUCAGCAACAAUGUGUUCCGUUGAGCCUCUGAGAGAGUUUAUCAGAGAGAGACUAACUGCUGCUGCUGAAGAAAUCUUCACCCAGCUGGAAAAAACCAUCGUCCAGUACGAGGAGGAGAUCGACCGGCAGCGGAGACUGCUGGACCUCACCUGGAGACCCCGAACCGAGCCGAACCCCGCAGAGCUCCAGCAUCAUUUCUUCAGCGAGGAGCUUCCCGCCGAUCGGGACAGCAGUUCCAGUCCGGACCGGGACGCACCAGAACCGGCGCCUGACGACGUCUGCUCCAGGCAGGACGGAGCGCUGGUGCUGAAGCAGGAGACCGAGGCCAUCAUGGUGACUGUGGACUACGAUGACGAACCUGAACCAAGCAGCUACCAGCUUCUCUACCAGAACCGCCCAGUGAUCCAGAACCAGAACCAGGAGGCACUGAAGCCAAAGAAAACCAGAACUCCCAGCGACCGACUGGACCUUCUGCCACAGAACGCAGAUGGAAAUCUGUAUCCCUGUCCCAUUUGUGGGAAAUGUUUUGCCAAGAACAGCUACUUGACCAAACACAAGAGGAUCCACACCAGCGAGAAACCGUUUGUCUGCGAUCAGUGCGGGAAGGCCUUCAGCAACACCAGCUACCUGGCCAAUCACAAGAAGACUCACAGUGGCAUGAAACCGUUCGCCUGUCUUAUCUGUGGGAAAGUUUUCACCCAGCAGAUCCAUGUCACUGACCACAUGAGGAUUCACACUGGAGAGAAGCCCUUCCCCUGUGCCACCUGUGGGAAACACUUCAGGCAGAAGAGUAGCUUGAACAAACACCUGAGAACUCAGCACCAGAAGCUGGAGGCAUGAUCGGGUUCUGAGCUGGUUCUGAGCUGCUGGCUGGUCCUGGAGGCAUCAGACUGAAGUGGAGCAUCAACAACUUUCCUGCUUUUAAACUCUACUUCCUGUUCUUCAGCAUCUCUGAGGAAACCUGUAUGUUCCUCCACCCUCCCAGCUGAGCAGAAGACCAGAAAAACCACUAAGAAAUCUAGAUGUUAAUCUCUGUGUAAAGUUGGAGAUUCUAACAUUUACUACAAAGACUGAGUUUUCAAAAUAAUAGUGGGAAUUCUGAGGGAAAAAAGGGCGUUCUGGAAAAAAAUGUUGGAUUCUGACUUUUUUGAAAGAAGGAUGAAUUCUAAAAAAAAAAGGCAAAAAUGAAUUCUCAUUUUAAAAAGUGAAAAAAGCAGAAAUUUACCAAAAAGGUAGAAAUUAUUUUAAAAAAUUGCUGAAAAAAAGUUAGAAUUCUGAGGAAAAAGGUCAAAAGGCUUAAAAACCCUGCAAAAUUUUAACAGAAAAGCUAAAGUUUGUUUAAAAGAAAAAGAAACUCUGAACUGGUUGUGUUUUUUGAGGACGAAUGUUGUGAAAUGAUUCCAGGGUUAUGGAGCCUCUGAUGAACAGGAAUUAUUUAAAACCUGCUGCAGGUGGAUCUCUGUUGACUCUGUGGCUCGUUGUAGCGGCGGUCACUCAAUCCUGGGUUAUGAUAUAUUUGUAUAUUUUUCAGUCUAACAGCAGCUUCAUGGCAGCGUGAGUUUUGUUUGGAUCACAGUUGAUGUGCCGAGUUAUGCGUUUCGUCUGGCAAUGUUUUGUUUUCUCAGACUGUAAAACUGAAUGUGCUGCAGUAGCAGAAAUAUUUAUGCUUACUUGGUAUUAAAGGUCUGAUCUUGAGUUGAA